AUAAACCUCAUAAAGCAGGCAACAAGUACUUUGAAGCAUACCAGAAACCUCACAAAGUAAAUCGCAAAUUCCAUGAUUAGACUAAAAACCUCAUAAAGUAUACCACAAGUUCCAUGAAACAGACAAAAAAUAUGUGCAACCACACGAGAUCUCUUAUGAAGCAUACAAAAAAAGACCAGAAACCACACCAGAAAGCUCACAAAGUAAACUCGAACCGUUGUAAAGGAUGACAAGUAAUAAAAAACUAUGAUGAUGAAAUAAUUGUUUAUUAAUGGUAAAAUAUUUUUUCUUAAAAGUAAGUUGUUGAUUUUUUUUACAAAGGUAGAAGUGGAGGGGCGUGAUAUGGGACGCAGUAGGAGAAAAGAAGGGAAUGAGGAGGGGUAGGUAAUUACUAUGUACAAUAGUCGGCCGGGUACGGAGCCAAGCAAGCAUUGUGACGGGGGCUCAUGACCCCCUAAAGUUUGGAAACUCUUUUUUUUUUUUUGAAAGAUUGGUUGGACGUUUCAUUAAAAUGAAACACGGUGAACAGAGUUUUACAACACUGAAAGGAAGGACAAAAAACCAACUAAAAAAAGAUUGAAACUAAAGGUGGACAUCCAAAGCCCAAGGCCCACAAAAUCUAAACCAUGUCCAAACACUUGGACAAGCCCACCCCUAGCAAACCCUAAUCCAGCUGGCCCCAACACCUAGAGGAUAGCCUCCGAAAGCAUUCCCACCAUCAAGGAAACCGCCGCCAUCGACCUUCUACCUUCGCAUGGUCACACAUCGGGGAACGAAAGGGGAGGCAAACAAGAGCUCCACCAGACCGACAACGUGCAAGCAAAAUGGAAAAAGCAACAACCUUGACAAGGGAACCAAACCUAGCAAAAGCUCCAAGCUCCCCUGCGUAAAACAAGAAAAGCAAAGAGCAAUCAUCGAAAAGGACAGAGGAAAAGCGGCCAAAUCACCGCCGAUCUGAGCUCUCGGCUGGAUCCAUGCUCAAAAGUGUCGUCCCUGCUCACAAGCCCCCUGAAUCAUCAUCCAAAAAACCAGGGUCCAUGCAUCUCCGAAUCAUCCUCAUUUAUGGAUGAAGCACGUGGAGGUAGAUGGAGGAACAGAGAGGAGCAAGCGAGUCGAUGAGAUCGGCCCCCUCAAUCACCUACCAGAGAGUCAUCCACAAAGAUCUUCGAUCUGGUGGGAUCAAAAGCAUCUCCACAAGAAAGAUUGGAAAAUCAUCAUCGCUAGGAUGGAAAAAGAGCCAAACGGAAAAAAAUGCACAAUCGGAUGCAAAAGGCCAAAGCUUGCAAGGGAAAGGAAAAGACAAAAAAGAAAAAAAGAAAAAAACAGGAAAGCAUAUGAACCGACAACCUCAAAAGGAAGGUUUUAGGGUUACCGCCGGCCCUAAAUUGAAAACUGACGGCAGCCCCAUCACCAAAAUGGGUUUGAAAGCUAGUAAAGUUUGGAAACUCGAGUAUGCAACACUACAACACCAAAAUUAUUUUGGUCCAAUGAUCUAUUUUUAUUAUUUGAACCGGAAGGUCAUGGGUUCAAUGACUACUUUUGGCAAUCCGGUCAAUUCCAUUUAUUCCCAUUUUACAAUAUUUCCAUAUUUUCCCAAAAUGAAAAUCCUAGAAAUUUAGCCCAUUUAUUCCGCUUUACAAUUUUGGCAUAUUUUUAUCUCAAAAUGGCAACCCUAUAAAUUAACUCAUUUAUUUCCAUUUUACAAUUUUGGCAUAUUUAAUCUCAAAAUUACCUAUCUUACAAUUUGAUAUCUCAAGUUUUAAAUUGGUCUUCCUGGAUUUCUUUUGUUUGUAAUUCAUACAGUGUUUGAAUUAUAUAUCAUAUCUUAUUGUCUUCUAUUAGAAUUAGAUUAUAUAUAGUCUCAAAAUGGCAAUCCAAUAAUUUACCCCAUUUAUUUCCAUUUUUUUACAUAUUUUAUCUGAAAAUGGCAACCCUAUGAAUUAACCCAUUUAUCCCCAUUUUACAAUUUUGGCAUAUUUAAUCUCAAAAUUACAUGUCUUACAAUUUGAUACCUCAAACUUGAAAUUGUUAUUUCUAAUUUUCUUUUGUUUGUAAUUCAUAGAAUGUUUGAAUUACGUAGCAUUUCUAAUUGUAUUCUACUAGUUAAAAUUAGGUUAUAUAUAAUUUCAAAAUGGCAAUCCUAUAAAUUUAUCCCAUUUAUUCCCUUUUGGAAAAUUUGGCAUAUUUUUAUCUCAAAAUGGCAAUCCUAUAUGUUGAUGCCAGGCUUAGAGCAGCCUGCUUCAAUAUGUUUAAGGUCUGGAGAGCGCUAAUUUCGCAAAUCCUUUAACAACUUCCAACUCCGUGCGAAUACCUGGAAAAAGGUCAUAUCGGGAGAGUCCUGGUUAGAACCUCCUCCGACGCUCAAAUUAGUAACCUGAAUUAUAAGAAAUAAAUACGAUGGCGUUAGACCUGGUUCGAUCUCACGAUCGUGUUUGAGCGUCGUCGGCUGUUUAAUGCCGUCCGGUGGAGAAUAUCCCCGAUUCCAUGGGUUAGUCUGCCAAAUUAAAGGUGUGUUGAGUGUUUAGAAAUUUAACACGUUUUGGGAGAUUGGGAGGAGAGAAAAAAACGUUUUUUAGAGAGAGAGACAGAGGUCCGAAGUGGUUGUAACUUGUAAGUCACUUGUGUUUGAGUUGUGUCGUGUGAAGUAGUCGUAAGCGACUUAUCUUGUGAAGAAGGGGGAAGGGGUGCUCUUAUUUAUAGGCAAAAUUUGUACUUGAAUUCCUUGACUUACGUCAAUAUUCCCCAAUAUUCGUCAAUAUUCUCCGUUAUCCUCCAACACUCGUCAAUAUUCUCCGUCAUACAUCAACAUUUCUCAACAAUUAUGGUACAUGAGAAAGUCCAAGCAUGUAUGCAAAAGUAUAAUAUGUAAUGGAAAAUAAAGGAGUGAGGGUAUA